GAACAUCUUUUUAUUCCUGUCAUAUAUUUAACAAAACUUUGAAUGUUAAAUUAGCAUGAACUUGAAAAAAAGAUUUAGCAGGGAAUCACAUUAGGAGGUUUCGCCAUCUUUGCACACUGGUGUAAGGGUUUUGAACAUAAACCUCAAACAGUAGCCGGGUGAGAAAAAAAGUUUGCUGAAUCUAAAUGCACGUACAAGUAAAAGGUCAUAAAAAUGGCGUGGAGGCAAAUUCUAUUUUUCAACAGAAGAUUAAUCUCAGCACCUUCAAACUCGUCGGUGCUAACUGGGUUCGCUAGCUUUUCCUCCAAAUCCAAUCCUUACAUAGUGAAGGUAGGGAUACCAGAGUUCUUGAAUGGAGUGGGGAAGGGAGUAGAGACCCACGUUGAGAAGCUAGAAUCUGAGAUUGGAGAUUUCUCGAAGCUUCUUGUUACUCGCACUCUUAAGUUCAAGAAACUUGGCAUCCCUUGUAAACAUAGGAAGCUGAUAUUGAAGUACACCCACAAAUAUAGGCUGGGACUUUGGAGGCCCAGAUCUGAGCCUGUGAAAGCCUAAUAAAUCAUUUGGUUGUGGUUCUUUUAGUGAAGAAAAACAUUCUUGGAUGGAAAUUUUUCACAAGGCAGCCAACUGCAUCAGGGGAUAUUGCCCGCGUUAGGAACUCUUUUUGAUCAAUAAAGUGAGAAUUAGGGAUUUCCAUUAUAAACAUACACUAAUAACAAAUGCCCUCUUUAUUUUACUUCUAUCGAGACUUGUGAAUUAAUUAUUGCAUUCGUCCCCUAUCAUCGUGUUUGCUUUUCACACAAUUGGAACAUUUUGCUCUUCAGCAUUGUCCUUUCACAAUUAAUCAGUAUCAGACAUUCAUGUUUUA